UCCGAAAAUUCGAAAGCAGAAAAACAGAAUGCAAGAUGUGCAGAAUAAAAGAGUGUUGGCGGUUCAAAAUGUCGCAACUAACGAGGAACAGCAAACCGGUGUGAAAUUUUGAUGUAAAUAAUGGAACAAAUGCGGUAUUAAAUGCAUAGGAAUGCAAUUAAAUUUUUGUGAAAGAGGGUGCAAUUAAUUGAAAUUGAUUUCGGUAAAAAUAUUAGAUAAAUUUAAAUGGCAUAACUGGAAGAACAAUGAAAAAAAGUUAGAUGAAAAUAUAAAAAACUUUGUGAAUGAAUUAUCCAUAACUCUAGACCGUAGCCGCCGUAGCCGUAUGGGUUGGUGCGAGACUACCAUUCAGAAUUGGGAGCAUUAUUUAAAAUAAUCACAACACACCAAACAAGUAACCGAAAGGAAGUAGAAAAGAGAGUGAAAGAUAUAAAAAAAAAAUUAAAAAAAUGUUAAAUGUGGAAAUGAAAAUAUAAAAUGUGUGUGUGAGCCAUAAAUGUAAAUGUGUAUGGCAAAAAUAUUUAAAAAAAAAACAACAAAAAAUGAGAGAAAAGAGAACAACAACAAAUAAAAAGUACAAAAACAAAAAUUUCGAAACCCUAGAAAUGCGUCGCUAAAAGCGUCACUUAAUCGCGGUUGUGUGUGCGUGUGUGCGUGCGUUAAAACCUGUCGCUUAGAAUCAUGAAAGCUCAAGAAAACGAAGAGCGGACCUCAAGUUCCACAACCACAACAACGCAGGCACUUCGCGACGCGAACACUAUUAACGGCAAAACGCCAGCUAAAGUGACAGGAAAUGCACAACAAGAACAACACUUCCCACUUCAUGUGCAUGCGAGAGCCUUAGCGACUAGCGGCAGCAGCAGCAGCAGCAGCAAUAGCAACAGCAACAACAACAGCAAUACUAAAGCACAGGCCGCCAAACGAAGUCUGUUGGCAAUUCGCGAAUACGAACAAGCUCAGAAAAGUAGCGAAAAAAUGGAGGAUGAUCAGCAAGAGCAGCAACAAAAUUCAAUUAACAACAAUUUGCAACAACAACAACCCCAACAAAAAUCAAUUAAUAAUAAUCACAAUUUGAAUAAUUUCAGCACACAAAGCACGAGCGUAAACAAUACAGGCAGUAAUAGUAAUAGUAAUAGCAAUAAUCACAACAACAAUAACAAUAAUAACAACAACAAAAGUCACAACAUGAGUGCGAGUGUAAAUAGUGUUUGCAAUGCCAGCAAUAAUAUUUUAAAUAAUAAUUCCAGCAAUAACACCAAUAACAUCAACAGCAACAUCAGCAUUAACAAUAACAGCAUGGAAAUGGCGAUCAGCAAAAGUAAUGCAGCAAAUAUGCAAAACAAUAACAACAACAGCAAUAAUAAUCAAAAUAAAGCGUGUAAUAUUAGUAAUAACACCAGCAGUGCCAGCGCUUCGCUGAAAAAUACUGCGAAUGCAGCACCGUUGGCGCCAACAACAACAACAACAACAGCUGCGACAACUACUUCCCCAACUGUAAAUAGUGUUGUAGACAACACCAAUAAUAAUAAUAAUAACAACACCAACAGCAGCAAUGGCAGUGGGAGCGGUAGUGGCAGUGGUAAAAGUUCCCCAGCCAGCAGCAUUGGCGUUGGCUCUACGAAUGCUGCUCUCAACGCUUUAACCGCUUCCUCGAACAACAACAACAACACAAUCACUAGCGCUACCCACAGCAGCACUUCGACUAGCGUGCUGCUGCGUAAGCAAUUCAUCGCCUCAUCGAAUGGCAGCAAUGCGAGUUUCAGCUCGGCAUCGGUUGCCGGUUCAAUACAGGUAUGCAUGUCAACUAUGAUACAUCUGGCAAAUAAAUUUGGUCACCUCCGUUCACACACACAUGUGUAUUUAUAUGUAUGUAUGUAUAUACAUACAGUGGCACUACAUAUACUCGUGUGUAGGUAUGUACGUAUAUUUUCAUCCAGCAGCCAGGCAAGCCAAUAAGUAAUAGCUGCUGGUCUCACACGAGCUCAAACUGACCUAAUCACCUUGUACCGUUGUUGAACUACAAAGAUCAGUAAGUGAGAGUGAGUGUUAAGUUUCGAAAGUGUUGAAUUGUACAUACAUAAGCCAUAAAUAAAUAUGUAGGGGUAAGAAUGUGCAGUGAGUAGCUGUGAGUUUAUAUGCUGAUGACAGCAAUUUUUCGUAAUCGGCGGCAUAAAUGUGCCGAAAUUAUUCACUAAUGGACCCAUAAAGUGGCAAGACGAUCGUAAAUUUUCAGUGAGCUCCAUUUGAUGAAGCGAAAGCAAAAGCAAAACAAAAAAAAAACAAACGUCGAAAAUAUGAAAAAUUGUAAAAAAAAGCUAUAAACUAAGAUAGAUAAGAUGCUCGACUAACCCACUAACAGAUUGCGUGACUGACUGGCAGACAGAUGGACCAGUAAGGCCAUCGUAUGAUCUUUAAAAAGAAAAAAAGAAUAAACAUAAUAAUCAUAAUAAUAAAGUGAUUACAAAAAAAGGUAAUUAAAUUAAUUUAUAUAUUCCACAAAAAACUAAUAACACUGGGCUAGAAAAAUAAACUUUCUUUCGCGGCAUUGCGCGCACAUACGAACUUAGAUGAAGUUGUAUGCCGAAAAUGCUUAUUCCACGCUUCCGCAUUCCUUGAUUUCGGAAGACAAAAAAUGAAAUUAAUGAAAAUAGUCAGCGGCAGAAAUCGCUCCCAGAAAUCAGGUCCACUAGUUGGCGUAGCUUAUAAAUGCAGACCUGAAUUGGGCGCAUAAAAUUUCAUGGGAGUCUACGAUUUCAUUUGUUUUUGUUAAGAAAAUAUUUAGAUUUGUUAAAGAUUUGUUAGAUAAAAUCGUCUCUAUGGUAAUCAGUAAACAUCUUCCAAUACUUCUUGCAAUCGUUACAAUGCCUUCAUAUACCAAUUCUGGAGUCACUUUCAGAUUUCGCUAUGGAAACUCCUUUGCCGCCGCAAACGCCUCCAAGCGCUUUCCACGAAGUGCCAAGUUGCAGGAGAUGAACAGGAAAAAGUCGCACGGGGCCUUGCCGGGUGAAAGCAAAGCUUAUGACACAAUAUUAAUGUUGUUUCAUUCAAAUAAUCAGCUUCCUUAUGAUAUGUUUGAUCUGAUAUAUUGCCGUGAUGAAGCAACUACAAAUUGCUCUUCUCGAUGCCGUCCUGUUGCGGCGAACAUUUGUCUGAAGCGCUUUUGUGUCCUCUCAUCGCACUUUUCAUUUACAAUUUGGCCUAGCGAAAAGGCUUCGUUGUGGACUCCAACAUGACAAUUUAUGGAAGCAGUGAACAAAACCUUGAUUUUGGAACAACUUUGUCAUUAUUUUUUCGAUUCUUAUGAUGUGAUGUUAGUACAUGGAUUGGUCUCUAUUGAGUGUAAUUCUUAGAAACUAAUAGAUUUUCGAUACCUAUGAAAUCAACAAAUACAUUUGGUAUGAAAUAUAAUAAUACGAGGAUUGUUUUGGUUUUUGUCAACAUUUUAUGUGGUCGGGGAUACCUUUAACAUGCGAUAAGGCAUAUAAUAUCUUCCACUCAUAUUUCUAAAAAGAAGCAAUAAAAGCUUUUAAAAACGAUAUAAAAGAGAGCAAGCGAAACAGCUUUUCGGAACUUUGCGAUGGUGCCGAAUGAAACCCUUGGGCUUUCGCAUACAGAAUAGUAACCACAAAGAUUAAGAGCAGCAAAACCAUCCAACCAAAACUAUCCAACCAACCACGCAAAACUAGCAUCUAAGUGCCCAUCUUUCAUGUCUAAAAUCGUGGAUACGCUAUUUCCGAAACAGAAACGUUUGGUGGCCUCAAUCAACAACACCGAAUUAAUCGAAUUCGACUUCAUUACAGAAGAUGAAAUACUAAGGGCUGCAAGCAAUUCAGCAGACUCAAAAGCUACUCGACCGGACAGAGUACCAAAUAAAUGCCUGAAGUUAGCGAUCAUGCAACAAACCAAAGUGUUUAGCAACUUAUUUAAUAGCUGAUUUUCGGAGAAUACUUUCCGGACAAUUUGGAAACACCGAAAUUUAGUUUUUCUUCCACAACCUGGUAAAUCAGCAGAGGAGCCGUGUACCUAUAUACCAAUAGGUCUAAUCGACUCUACGGGGAAGGUGCUCCGGGUUUUAUGCGAUAGACUAGAGGCAGAAGUCAGAUAAAAGGGAGGCCUGUCCGAAAAUCAAUUUAGAUUUAGAAAGGGGAAGGCAACGUUAGAUGCAGUCUCUUCAACAAUCCAGCUCUCAACGAAUGCAAUCAGCGGUAGCCAUUAGUUAAAUGGGAUCAAAGAGUACUGCCUGAUUAUCACCUUCUCUUAGGAUUCCAGAGGGAGCUAAGGCAAUUGGCUUCGCCGACGGCAUUGCAAUAUCCGCAACACCGCGACCCACGCAGUCCUAAGCACACAAAAUAAUCUAGAAUGAGCGCCACAAAAGGCCAAAGCAGUCCUUAUAUCCAUCAAAAAAAAGCUAGAAGAGGUGUAUUUUGGAAUCAGAGGCUUAAAAAGUCUCCGCAAUCAAAUACUUGGGUAUACUGUUAGAUAAAAGGCUGUUUUUCAAAGCACACCUCGAGUACGCCAACGAAAAAGCAUCCACCACUACGAUGGCGCUGUCGAGGCUGGUGUUAAACGUAGAAGCACCUAAACAAAAUAUCUGUCAGAUUCUGGCUAAUGUCGUGAAAAGUCAAAUUUUGUACGGUGCCCCAAUUUGGGCGAACAAAACUUAUCGUGGGCCAUACUUUCGAGGUGUACAGUCUACCUACCGGUUGUGCGCACUACGCUUAUGUAAAGCAUUUAAAACAGUGUCCGACGUUGCAGCCUUAGUAAUAUCUGGCUUCUAAAUACUCGACAUAUCAGGAAUAGAAGCUAUCCAAAUAGUGAGAACACAGAGGCCUAUAAGCUCGUCUGCUCGAGCUGCGUUACGAAAGAAUUGCAUCGGUGUGUGGCAAAGAAUGUGGUAUCACUCUACAAAAGGGCGUUGGACGCACAAAUGCAUCUCCGACCUAAAGCUUUGGCCAGAGAGGAUACACGGAGAAGUGGGCUUUUACCUCAUCCAGUUUUUGAGUGGACAUAAAUGCUUCAAAGCGUAUUUAUACAGGUUUAACCACGACAACAAUCCCUAACGACAGCGUUACAGAGGACGUUCACCACAUAGUCUUCUUAUGCUCGCGUUCCGCUCGUGCAACAUAUGCUGCGCUCGAAGGAAAAAUGGAAGGCGGCAUGCGAUUUUCUGACCGAGACUAUGAAGGAGCUGAGGCGUCUGGAAAGACUGCGACAAAGCAGAGGCGGCUAAUUGCCUUCUCUCUCCGCGAACUAAUACUUGUCGGUAGUCCCGCGGCGAAAGGUGAUGGAAAUAAAUAGGCUGAGCCUGAUUUCAGAAGGUUACUUGAGAGUAGCGUACGCCAAAGAAUAAAAAUAAAUAAAAAAUAAAAAGGCCUUAUUUCUGCGCUAGAAAGCCAGUCUUCUGCAGGCCGAAAACGAUUUAAAUAAACGUCACCAGACCCUAAUGGAUGUACAUAUCAGGCGUCGGUAAUGAUGAAAGAAUAAUAAAUUUAAGUACAUAUAGACAUUUUUAUGCUUAAGUCACAUUUACGAGCGCGUGUAGAUAUUACUUGAUAACACGAAGAAAGCAACAAAGGAAGUGUGCACAAUUUAGGUAUAGCACG